AUGAUGAAACUCGAUGAGAUUAUAGAGACUCUAAGGCAGGGGAAACAUGUUGACGAGGAUUCGAUAUACUCGCUGUGUGUCAUGGCUCAAGAACUUCUUAUGAAUGAGUCUAACGUGACACAUGUGGAUACGCCAGUCACAAUUUGUGGAGAUAUUCAUGGCCAAUUGCAUGAUUUGUUGACUCUCUUUGCUAAGAGUGGAGGCAUUGAAAAGAAUAGAUACAUCUUUUUGGGAGAUUUCGUGGAUAGAGGGUUCUAUUCGUUAGAGAGUUUCCUUCUUUUGGUAUGUUAUAAAUUAAGGUAUCCAGAUAGAAUUGUGUUGAUACGAGGAAAUCAUGAAACAAGACAGAUUACGAAGGUUUAUGGGUUUUACGACGAAGUGGUAAGGAAAUAUGGUAACAGUAACGUAUGGAGAUACUGUUGCGAAGUAUUCGACUAUUUGCCCUUGGGUGCCAUUGUAAACAACAAGGUUUUCUGUGUUCAUGGUGGAUUAUCGCCGGACGUUUUAUCAAUCAACGAAAUACGAACCAUCGAUAGGAAAAAGGAGGUACCGCAUGAAGGUGCUAUGUGUGAUUUAUUGUGGUCGGAUCCAGAGGAUGUGGAUACUUGGUCUCUUUCCCCGCGUGGUGCAGGUUUCCUAUUUGGCCAAAACGAAGUAGAUAAAUUUUUACACACAAAUAGUGUCGAAUUAAUCGCUAGAGCUCAUCAAUUGGUCAUGGAAGGUUAUAAAGAGAUGUUCGAUGGGGGAUUAGUCACGGUAUGGUCAGCACCAAACUACUGUUAUCGUUGUGGGAAUGUGGCUGCUGUGCUGCGCAUCGAUGACGAUAUGACGAAGGAUUACACCAUUUUUGAAGCUGUUCAGGCGAGGGAUAGUGGAGGUAAUGUCAUUCUCCCUACGAAAAAACCUCAAAUGGACUACUUCUUGUAA